AUGUAUUCCGGUGAAGAAGGCACGGCGGAGUCACUUCUUUGCGCCGCAUGUGAUUGUCACCGGAGCUUCCACCGAAAAGAAAUCGACGACAUGUUCGUUGUCAAACUCAACACCUUUGGCCGUUCACAAAGACCGCUCGUUAGUGGUCACGUGUCUCCGAUCAUGAUGAGCUUCGGCGGUGUAGGAAGAAGUAGAGAUCCUGCGGAGUCCUCGACGGAGGAUCUUAACAGUUUCAUCAAUCUUUUAGUGGAAAUGGAGUGGAUCAGUCUCAAUACCAUCCCAAGAAACGGUUUAGGACAAAGUUCAAUCAAGAACAUAAAGAGAAUAUGA